UAUUUUUCCCGCAUUUUCCUUUAUGAAGAUUUAGGUUGCCGUCAACGAAUGAGUGAUGUCAUAAUAAAAUACAACGUUACAAUUUAAUAAAUAUAAAAUUUUCUCUUCACAAGUCACGGGCCAUUAUAAGUAUCAAAAAUGCCUAGUUUAUAGCCGAUUAACGGUAAAUUCUAUUUUUCUUUUCCCAGUUUAUAAAUGAGCUUUCAUGUGCCUGUUUAGUUCGUUAGUUGUACCCAAAGACUAAACCAAAGUACACGUGAGUUUUAUUACUGUGCAAUAAGUUGCAAGAUCAGUAUCCAUUGUAUUAUACAUAUGCCUUACAUAUUCACCUUCCAUACAAUAUAUGGCGAGGCGCAAAGUAAAGCAGGCAAUCUUCUAUUUAUUGUAUAAUCUGAGAACUUCUGAGACUUCAAUCUUCAGACCUAGCUCAGAAUUGCCGAGUGAUUCACUUGUAAACUGGAUUAAUCUCACUUCAAUCCUCAAAUCCUCGACCAUUUGAUAUAUCUAGUUGUUCAUUGUGCUGUGACCUGUCCAGUCCUUGAUGUUGUCAAACCAGGAUUUUCUCUGUCUGCCUAUCUUUCAUCCUCCCUCGACUUUGUCCUGAAGAAUGGUUUUGUACAGGGAGUUGUGGUGGGAUAGAUGACCAUACCAGUUUACGAUAAUGUCAAGUGUAAAGAAGUUAUUUAUGUGCCAUUCAAGUGAGAAAAAGGAAGGGUUUGUUCGUAAGAAUGGCUUACACUCACCCUUCUCGAAAGACCAGAUGAUAACUUUAAUAUUAAUACUAUACAUCACCAUUGUUCUCUUUUCGACAAUGAUUCCGGCUGCGAAUAAGACCAUUCAACUAAUCGUCACUCCUCUGUUUAUCAUAAGUUUUGGAGUGUUUCUUGGAAGCUUUCUAACUGUUACAUACAUUGAUCCAGUAGAAGAAAAUGUUCAGAAACGACUGGCUUUAUCAGGAGCCAAUAUAACAUACUGCAACAUAUGUACUGCAUUUGUCCAUUCAGAUUCCAGGCAUUGUAGUGACUGCAACAAAUGUAUAUCAGAGUUUGACCAUCAUUGUCCAUGGCUAAAUAACUGCAUAGGGAAAAAGAAUAUGGUCUCUUUCCAGGUAUUCUUGUAUUCAACCCUUAUAUCUUCGUCAUCUGCAUUUACUUUUGGUUUAUUGGAAGUAAUAGCUUUCUUUAAUAACAAAUUCGCUCACAUGAUUCAAGAUCAUAACAACUUGCGAGUUUUUGGCUUGGUGGUUCCUUCAGCCUACUGGCUAUUUACAAUAAUUUUGGCAAUCAUUUUAAAUCUCAUUUUUUCUGCUGAAAUGGUAUUAAUGAUUUCAUACCGCAAAUAUUUGGAUUACAAAAGGAAGAAGAGAAAGAAGAAAGUUGAAAUGUCUGAUUAUGAUUAAUUAAUCAUAUGAAGAAACCAAAUUUUUCCUUAAAUAUCAUUUUCAAGACAAAAAAGUCACAAAAAAACCCCAGAAAAGUGAUGUUUCACUA